AUGUCAGAAUCAACAGAAAUCAAGAUUAGAGCAUUGGGAGAUACAAAAUUAUUUCAACCAAUUCAAGUUGGGUCCAACACUUUGAAUCAAAGAAUAGCGUUUGCUCCAACAACAAGAAGAAGAGCAACAGAAGAUCAUACCCCUGUAGAUUUAGAAUUAGAAUAUUAUACAAAAAGAGCUCAAGCUCCAGGAACUUUGAUUAUCACUGAAGCAACUUUUGCAAGCCCUCAAGGAUCAGGUAGUUCUCGCGUACCUGGUAUAUUCACUGAGAAACAUGUUCAAGCAUGGAAAAAGAUUAAUGACUCUAUUCAUAGAGAAGGUUCAUUUUCAAGUAUUCAAUUAUGGCAUUUAGGUAGAGCAGCUGAUCCAAAAAAUUUAAAAGAUAAAGGAUUACCAUUCUUAGCUCCUUCUGCUGCUUAUAUUAAUGAAGAAAGUGAACAGAACGCAAUUAAAGCGGGAAAUGAAUUAAGAGCUUUUACUUUGGAAGAAAUUAAAGAUUUGGUCAACAAUCAAUAUCCAACCGCUGCAAAGAAUGCCUUAGCCGCUGGCUUCGACUAUAUCGAAUUGCAUUCAGCCCACGGGUACACUUUAUCUCAAUUUCUCAAUCCAGUGAGUAACAAGAGAACUGAUGAAUAUGGUGGAUCUAUUGAAAAUCGUGCAAGAUUGAUUUUGGAAAUUGUUGACAAAUUAAUUCCAAUAGUAGGAGCUAACAGAUUAGCUAUAAGAUUAUCUCCAUGGGCUACUUUCCAAACAUCAGCACCAGAAGGUGAAGAAAUUCAUACAUAUAUUUUGAAAGAAUUAGAAAAAAGAGCAGACCAAGGAAAUGAAUUAGCUUAUGUAUCUUUAGUUGAACCAAGAGUUUCGGGUAACGCUGAUGUAGAUAAAGAUAAACAACAAGGAAACAAUGACUUUGCAAACAAGAUAUGGAAGGGUAAACUCAUAAAAGCUGGUAAUUAUACUUAUGAUGCUCCAGAUUUUAAAGAUCUUUUGAGAGAUAUUGAAGAUAAUAGAACAUUAAUUGGAUUUUCUCGUUUUUUCACAUCGAAUCCUGACUUAGUUAAUAGAUUGAAACAUGGAUAUCCUUUGCUUAAAUAUGAUCGUGAUACUUUUUAUAAUCCAAAUAAUUGGGGAUAUAAUACUUAUAAUAAUCAUGAUGAAACUGAAGUAUUUGACGAAAAGAAGGAACAAGGAAGAGUUGGUGUUGCAUUAGCUUAA